AUGUCUUCUGACUUGUUAAACAUUUUCAGAAGGAAAGGAGAAAUGUUUUUGCCCAAAAAUAACCAAAGUCACUACUGGGGACCCACUGCAACCACCAACUUUCCAGUUACAAACUAUACCAAGGAGCUGGAAGAGAUGAAAGAUGUAACCAAGCAAGAAUUCAUUGCAUCCCUCAGGAGGAAAAGCAGUGGGUUUUCUAGGGGGGCUUCAAUAUAUAGGGGUGUGACACGGCAUCACCAACAAGGUAGAUGGCAAGCGAGAAUAGGCCGUGUUGCUGGGAACAAAGAUCUAUAUCUGGGGACAUUUGCAACUGAGGAGGAAGCAGCAGAGGCCUAUGGCAUUGCAGCAAUAAAAUUCAGGGGUCUAAAUGACUUUGAGAUGAGUAGAUAUGAUGUUGAAGCAAUUGCCAAAAAUGCUCUUCCUGUUGGAGGUGCCGCUAAGCGCUUGAAGCUGUCUCUGAACUCAGAAGGGAAGCCAUCUAUAAACCGCGAUCAGCAAGCUCACUGCAGCAGUGGCAUCAACAACAUCAACUUCGCUGCAAUUCAACCGGUAUCAACCAUUCCAUGUGGAAUUCCUUUCGAUGCCUCGGCAGCGGCUUAUAAUCACAAUCUCUACCAACACCCUCAACUAAUAUUGCCUGUUCGGAUCCUGCUGGUAUGACCCCUUCCGUGGUGGCGCCGGUGACCAUGAUUCCACAGCCGGCUGAGUUCUUUAUAUGGCCUCACCAAUCUUAUUGACAUGGCUCAAUAGUAGUAUUAGUUCCGCUCCCUUUAAUGUUAGCAGCUAACGUUACAAAGAAAAGCUCCAGUUUGUUGAACCUCUACCAGCUGACCAACAUCUGACCCCUUCUACUCUAAUCCACUUCUCAACCUUGCGUAC